AUGAAGGUCUCUGCAGCACUUCUGUGUCUGCUGCUCACAGCAGCCGUCUUCGGCACCCAGGUGCUGGCUCAGCCAGCUUCUGUCCCAACCGUCUGCUGCUUUAAUGUGGCCAGAAGGAAGAUCUCCAUUGAACGACUGCAGAGCUACAGAAGAAUCACGGACAGCAGAUGUCCCCAGAAAGCUGUGAUCUUCAGCACCAAGCAGGACAAGAAGAUCUGUGUUGAUCUCCAGAAGAAAUGGGUCCAGGAUGCCAUGAAGUACCUGGACCAAAAAUCCCAAACUUUAAAGCCAUAA